ACUCUCAAGUGAACCAAAAUACAUUUUCAUUAUUCCCGCACCGUCUGGAAGCCAUGAAAUCCUGUCUCUGGGAGGCAGCCAUCUUUUCAUCUGUACCUAUCCAGGCCUGCUAUCCCAUCUCCCUGCACUUCCCCUCUUGCUUUUGUCAAAAAGAUUCAGUAGCCAGCCUGCUCCUAAGGAAUAUGUUGGGUUUCUUGAACAAGUAUUUUCUGUUCGUUGCAGAAUGCAUUAUUUGCUACUCUUCCCGCACCUCUAGGUCUGCAGCCGAACUGUAUGCUGUCACUUGAAAUGGAGUUAUUGUGAGACGCCUUGUAACACGAGUGGGGGGUGAUAACAGCAAGGCUUUUUCCCUCUGCAGAUGUAUGUGACUUUACUGAGUUAAUGAAAACAUGAAAGAGGAGGACCAGCAGUAGACACAGCUGUAUUUUGGAGUUUGGGCAGGCGGGAAUGGCUUUCAUUUUAAAAAGUAUUUGAGGACCUCUGCUUCUUUUGAACAGUUAAACAAGUACAGCACAAGUCAUUCUGAAGAAGACAGAUGUUCCAAAUCAAAAUUUAAUAAGAAGUGUCUUCAAGGAAAACCUCUGUAACAAGCAUUGAAGGUUUCAGAAAGAAGAGGGAAUCAUGCAGCUCAAAUCUUCACCUAUGAGGAAUAUAUUGUUGAUUUCUCCCUUCUCAUCUUAGGAGCUUCUGGAGUGUACUGAAGAAGUCUGUACCAUUAUAUGGGAAGCUGGUGCAGUGACAGCAUUCAUGGGAUUUGGGAUCUUCCCUGUGCAUGUGGAAGAGCUGAAAAUGUCAUUUAAGGAUGGAUUUAUAGACUUCUUGGAGUUCAUAGCUGCAAUAAAUUUGGUUAUACGAGGGAAAAUUGACCAAAAAUUGAAAUGGUAUUUCAAGCUAUACGAUGCUGAUGGAAACGGAUGUAUUGACAAAAAAGAACUACUAAGCAUAUUCUCGGCUAUCCAGGCUAUAAAUGGCUACACCAACAUGAGUGCUGAAGAGUUCACAAACAUGGUAUUUCAGAAGAUAGAUGUGAACAAUGAUGGGGAACUGACUUUGGAAGAGUUUAUCAACGGUGUGGAAAGUGAUGAGGACCUAAUGGAAUUGAUUUCGAAAAGUUUUGACCUUUCCAACGUACUCAAAGUCAUACAGAACGGCAGGAGGAACAGCGUCUGAAGGAUCCAGUGACAGAUGUGGCCUUUGUGUCAUCAUUUCAAGGAAGAUAAUAUUUGAUAUAUUCAGAGAGCUUGAUGUUGUUAAAUCCUGCUCGGGCAAUAGCGAGCAGCCUGCUCCAGGAGUAACAAUUUUCACUCUUCAUAUAUCUCCUUUUUUUUUCUUUAUUCUUUUCCUUGCUCAUGACUGUGGCAGCCACACGGAAAAAAACCAGCUUUGGCUGCCUAUAAUAGAAAAGGUAUUUGAUGCAGUAAAAGUAACUUACUUGGUCUCUAUGAGCAUGUUGUCAUUAAACCUCAGACAACAACUAAGCACCACCCAGCUGCUGGCUCACUGCACUCCAGUGGGACAGGGAAGAGUGAAAGUGCAAAAACUUGUGGGCUGAGAUAAAGACAAUUUAAAAGGUGAAGAAAAAGCUGUGCACUCAAGCAAAGCAGAACAAGGACUUAAUUCACCUCUCCCCAUGGGCAGGCAAGUGUUUAGCCAGCUCCAGGAAAGCAUGGAUCCAUCAAGCAUACUGGUGACUUGGGAAGACAAAUGCUAUCACUCUGAACAUUCCCUCCCUUGCUUCUUCUUCCCCAGCUGUAUAUGCUGAGCAUGACACCAUAUGGUGUGAGAUAUCCUUGUGGUCAGCUGGGGUCAGCUGUCCCAGCUGUGUCCCCUCCCAGCUUCUUGAGCACCCCGAGCCUUCUCACUGGUGGGGUGAGAGGCAGAAAAAGACUUGAUGCUAUGCAAGCACUUCUCAGCAGUAAUGAAAACAUCUUUGUGUUAUCAAUGUUGUUUUGGUCACAAAUCCAAAACACAGCCUCAUACCAGCUACUAUGAAGAAAAUUACCUCUAUCCAAGCUGAAACCAGCACAUUCUCUUCUGUUCAGAUAAAUCAAUAAAAUAAUGAAAAUAAUACAAAAUGCAACCUUUCUAGAUGACACAGAGUUAAUAAAUUUCUUCUUUUAAUUCUGGGGUUUUUAACCCUACUACCUAAAGGGUGGACACAAACUUCUAGGUAGGACUGGGUUCUAUCUAGAUCAAUUAAGAGCAAACCCUACUUUGUAUUAAUUUAACAUUUGCUCUAAUCAGUACUCAAAAUUGGAUUACAGUCUCUGGGAAACGCCUCAGUCAGCUUAAUAUUCCCAAGAUGUGUAUCAUCCUUAACACGCCUUCUACAACUCUUGAUUUUAUUACAUCCGUAAAUUAAAAUAAUGUGAUAUUUUGAUGUUUCUUUCAGGGUUCAGUUACUGUUCUUUCAAGUUAACCUUUUAUAAAAGUGCUGGAAUUAAAUUUUUUAUCUUUCUAGAGCAAAAUUAGAAGUUCAAAGAAUAGCUAAAACCCAAAUCAUUUUGCAAGCACUCCAAGAGAUUUGUGUCCUUUGACUUGUAUGUCCUCCUUUGCAAAACAAUUUGUUUUCACUGGCCUCACCCCUGAUUAUGACACUGCUGGCUUCUCCAAAACAGACAGCCUUUCCCUGACAGGGAGUACUAAUUUAAGUAUCUUUGUCCUGCCCAGAUACCUGGGUGAAAGCUUUUAGCAAUUGAGUUUCUUUGAGAUUUUACCUCCUUUCAAACUGGGUUGCAAUUGCCUCUGAAGGUGGUAGCUGUCAGGAGUGAAGGGAAGGCAUUUGCAGAUGGCAUGAUCACAUAUUCCUCAUUUUUUAGGAAACCAGGCUCAAAACAACACAACUUUACUUUAUAAAUAAUAAGAGUAAUUCUAUGAGCUGAGAUGGAAUGGCAUGAAAGAUCUGCAAAGGGAAAAUUAUAGUUCUUUCUGGUUCUAUUGGGAUUGAUUCUCAAGUCUGUAACAAGUUUUAUCAAAUUACUAUAUUAUAAGACUAAGUUCUCCUUGGCUGACAGUGCCCUGUAGGCAUCACACUAAUAUUAGUUAUUGUUAGAAGCAUCAGUUUUAUACAAAGUAAUUUGUGCAAGGAUUGGUGCAGAUUGAACAAAACAAUUUUUAAGACUUCAAUACGAAAAUGUUUUUCUUCCAAAUUCCCUUCAAAUCCAUGUCCACUGCAAAUGAAAUGUACUCCAUCAUCUACCAUUAUUAUCCCAGGUUCUAGGUAUAGUAAGAGCAUGCAAUAUGCAACACUUGACAUUAUAAACAGUCCUGACAUUACAGUUCUGACAUUUGAAUCUUUUACAUCCUUAAAAAAAAAAAAAAAGACAGAGAGAGAGAAUGAUGUAUGAGAUUGCUGGUGGUUUGAAUAUUAAGUUCUUGUAUUUAUUCAUCAUUGACACAUUAAUAUGUCACUGUCAGUAUCAGUUUUCUCACACCCAGACUUCAGAAAGCCACUUCUCUUAAUCUAAUGCUUUUCUAUUUGAAGCCGAUGAGGGUGGUGUCCUUCAGAAUUGCCUUUACAAUAUGUAAAAUAAAAUGGUUCAAUCUAAGCAGCUUGGGCAGCUGUGUUUUGGACUUCUGGUUUUAAACUAGUGAUGGACUUGGAAAAAUGACUACUAUCUACGUAUACUGACUUUUUUUUAUAAGGGAUUUUAAAAAGAGCAUUUUAAAUUUGCUUAAUUUUUCUGUGUAACUGUAAUUAUAUGAAGUGAAUUACCAAUUCAAGGAGAGUGUUGUGUUGCA